AUGCGUCCUCAGGUGCUUCAGGUCAGCGUGCCGGCGGCCAAAAGCGAGCGGUACUGUCACGCGGCGCGUUUUCUUUUGAUGGAUGAGAACGGCGUUUCUGGGCUCGCGAUGCACUGGCCGGAGAGCUGCCCCAUCAAGGCCGCGAUGAAGGACUUUGCCCAGCUCUUCAACCACACGAGCAAGGCGGUCGAGGACAAGACUUAUGAUCUGCCGCCAGAACCGCUGGUCCGGCGGAUCCUGGACCAGAUCCCCGACCGGCCCGCGUGCGAUCAGCUCGCUCAAAAGUACACCGACUGCCGCGAGUGCCCCCACGCGAGUGCCGAGCGCGCCUCCUUUGUGCGCGCGCUCCGCCGGCUCGCUGAGUCGGGCAUCACCUUUCUGCAGCGGCGCGCGUCGGCCGAGCCAAAGGAGCGGGCUGGCCCGUCCAAGGCGCGCAAAUCCGCGCCAGCGCAGGCCAGCUCGGCGCCCCUCCCCCUCGGGCCCUCUGCCGCCCCGCAGAGCGGAAGCGCGGGCCAGUCGGCGGCGGCCGCCUCCUCCUCCUCCUCCGACCCGCGGCGCGUUCAGCCCGGCAAGCGAGCGAGGCCUGCUUGCAGCUCUGCCGGGGACCCGCUGGCGGCGCUCGCGGACGCGGCUGGCGACGCCAAGCGAAUGCCCACCUCGCUCGGCGCCCCUCCCCCCCCUCAGCCCAGCGCGGCGCUGCCUGCCCUCGCGCUGUGUGGCGCCCGGCACAACAGCUGCAGCAGCUCGCUGGCUUCGUCUCCGGAGCACGAGUACGCGCCGCCCCAGCUGGCGCCGCACCAGUCGAUGGCCGCGAUGCAGAUCGCCGCGCCGCAUCCCGCCACGAUGGGGGCGGUGGUGGAGGGGCUUGCGACGCUGACGAGCGACAUGAGCGACGAGGUGAAGAGCGCUGCGCUCAGCUGGUGUCUCCGGCGUGGAAUGUCGGCCUUCCUCGCCGCCCUGCCGCUCCAGCCAAGCGGGCUGCAGGCCUCCGUCCUGCGGCGGCGGGUGGAGGCGGUGGAGCGCGGACCGGCCCGCCCGACGGCAACCACCCACUCCGCAGUCAAGCAGGAGGAGCCCGCCCAGGCCACGCCGCCGCUGUGA